AACAGCGCAUGCGGAACCUUAGUUUGUGACUCGCGGACGGCCGGUACAGAAUUAACGUUGCACCGCGAAGCUUUCCCUGAAACAAGCGAACUCAUUCAGGGUUUCUCUUUGAAGGCUCCACGUUUAAAGACAAAAGAUGUUUCUGACCAGAUCGGAAUAUGACAGAGGUGUAAACACAUUCUCGCCAGAAGGAAGAUUGUUCCAGGUUGAAUAUGCCAUAGAGGCAAUAAAACUUGGCUCCACCGCCAUCGGCAUCCAGACGUCGGAGGGCGUGUGUCUGGCUGUGGAGAAGAGGAUCACCUCCCCGCUCAUGGAGCCCAACAGCAUUGAGAAGAUCGUGGAGAUUGACAGUCACAUCGGUUGUGCCAUGAGCGGCCUCAUAGCUGAUGCCAAGACUCUGAUCGACAAAGCAAGAGUGGAAACACAGAACCACUGGUUCACCUACAACGAGACGAUGACGGUGGAAAGUGUGACCCAGGCCGUGUCUAACCUGGCGCUGCAGUUCGGAGAGGAGGACGCCGACCCCGGUGCCAUGAGCCGACCCUUUGGCGUCGCGUUGCUGUUCGGCGGGGUGGACGAGAAAGGACCUCAGCUGUACCACAUGGACCCUUCAGGAACCUUUGUGCAGUGUGACGCCCGCGCGAUCGGCUCCGCGUCAGAGGGAGCGCAGAGCUCUCUGCAGGAGGUCUACCACAAGUCGAUGACAUUAAAAGACGCCAUCAAGUCCUCUCUGACCAUCCUGAAGCAGGUGAUGGAGGAGAAGCUCAACGCCACCAACAUCGAGCUGGCCACAGUAGAGCCUGGUAAGACCUUCCACAUGUACACCAAAGAGGAACUGGAGGAUGUAAUCAAGGACAUCUAGAGCAGAAAGCUCUUGAGUUAGGAGUUCUGGGCUGAAGCG